AUGCCUACGAUCUUCCCAACAUGGCCACACAUCGUCUUCGGUGUGCUUGAGCCUCUUUCACUUGUUCUUGGAGCCCUCGCGCCCUUGUACGACCUGAACGGCUUUGUUGCCGGCCAAACUCCGCACGUCGAAGCUCCGAUCACCCACCCCAGCACUAUCGCCCUGGCCUACCAACUUGGAAAUGUAUACUUCUUGUUGUCUUUAGUGGGGAUCGGGGUAUUGUACACGAGCACCGAGCCUAAGGUGUUGCGCAACUACCUGAUUGGGCUGGCCAUUGCCGACGUUGGGCAUGUUUACGCCACGUACUUGGCCAUGGGCUGGCCAGCAUUUGUUGAUGUCGGGGCAUGGAACGCGCUGACGUGGGGAAAUAUCGGGGCGACCGGUUUCCUGUUCAUCAAUCGCCUAUUAUAUCUAUGUGGCGCAUUCGGGGCUGCGAAGGCGCCUAAGGCGCUAGGGAAGAAAGAGUAA